CGCGGUGUUAGCCUCCAACAAGCAAACAACAAGCACGUCCAAACGUCCCGAAGAAUCGAAGAACCCGAAGGCAACUGCAAGAAUAACACGUACACAGACAUUCGGAAAAGAAGUGCGAUUUGUUUCGAGCGAAUUCCCAGAGAUAUUUCAGUAAUUCAUACAUUCAUUUGAGAAGAAAAGCAAAAAAAAUACAGAAAUGCAGAAGAUAAUUUUCGGUUGGGCGUACGUCGCCUUGAUCUGCUCCAGCUGCAUCGUGAGCACCCUCUCCUACCCGAACGUAAAGUACGAGAGCGGAAGUUUCGUGCCGGCGAGGACGCCUCAACUUCCGUCGGUGAGGAUCGAGCGGAAGUUCGCAGAAAAACCUAAUGCAAUCAAGAAAGUCGCUUUGGACGAUCUCGACGACGUGAAUACAAAUUCCAUUCAAGAGUCGUCCGGAGGAUUUUCCUGGUCGAACUUAUUAGGUAAGGAAGUUGUUGGUAUGGUCAUGCAGAUGAUCUUCAACACGGGCGGUAACCAAGUUGGACCGAACAAAUCCGAAGGAUUGGACGACGGCGGUAUUGCUCCAUCCCCAUGGGCAAAUCUCCUUUCAGUCGGUUUGAAAAUCAUCACCGCUAUUCUUGGAGGCGGAGGCGGCGGCGGAGAUGGCAUUGAUAAAGUGGACAACGGAUCACCGAUGCAGGGAAUACUGGCGGCAGUUUUAUCGGCGGUGGUCGGAUCCCAGAACCCGGAUCAGGUCAACAUGAUGGCUAAACAAGCUGGAGAGUUCAUCAACAUCGUGGUCAACCUGCUGGAUGCCCUCAAAACCUCGUUCUCUCAUCGAUCGCUCUUGGCUAGGAACAUUGGAAGGAAGGAUACGGUGAGCGAAGCCACGGUUGCAGGAAUCUCGAUGAUGAAAGGAUACGUGAGAUCGCUUUCGACAGCCAGCAGCAAAUGCAUGCAGAAGUAUCUGUGCGAUGCGAACAGGGAAUGCACGAACGACAUCGGACAGACGAGCAUCUUCUGCCAAUUGGGAACUUACGCGACGAGUUUUGUUUUGGAGAAGUCAACAACCGGAAACAGUUUCGAUUUGCUGUACGAGGCCGGAAGGAGGGGCAGAUCCGGCGACAACUGUCACCAGGCAUACUUGGAAUGCAACGAAGUCUAAG